AUGACAACAAAAAUAGUAACAUACACAUCAUCUAUGAAAACGUCUUCUACAAUCUUCAUCGAUAACGUUCUUCUGCAAAACACACAGAUUAAACUGUCGUACAUACACGUGCAGUUUAUAGACAACCUACAAUCUACUGGACUAGAUCAAUUCUCAGAUAUUCUUGCUCUUGAUGGAACCUAUAUUCCUGUGCAUAGCAUUGAGCAAAUAUCCACAAAAUAUCAUAAAUCAAUAGUUUGGAGCAAAAAUAUAAUAGAAGCAGUUGUUUCAUUCAUCAAUCAUACCAAAGAUACACUCACAACUAGUUACAUUAUUAUCCACACUGAUCAAGGCAUAGAUAUAAAACAAAGAUCACACAAUCCAAUACAUAACAAACCUCCAUUCAUCAAUACAUGCAAGCCUCAAUCGCUUCAUACCUUUGACUCAUCCCAGUAUCUAUAUUCCAGGUUUACUAACUUACAUAAACACAAAAAGAAGCCAAUAGAAACAAUAUUUAAUCGUUUGAACAAGGCAAACCAAAAUCGCAACAACACAUUAAAACAUUAA